CCGUAGCUAUGGCAACUUAUUCUUUUAUCCUAUUGACCGUUACAAAAACAUUUUUCAUGUUGACCGUUACCGACUUUUUUUCCCCAUGAACCGUUACAACGAUAUCCCGUCAUAUGACUUGUACCGUAUGCUGAUUCCACCAAUCAGAAUUGUUUGAAGCAAAUAUAAAAGCCUUCCAGCAAAGUGAGCUUGAUCUUUAGACAUUUCGGUACAACAUUUGCAAUCUCCAUCUUUGCACCAGCAUGGAGCCAAUGAAAGAGGCUGCUGGAGAGGAGUUCAAGUGGUGCGAGCUCCUCAUGCCACUCCUGGAGCCCAUAGAGGGGAUUUAUGGCGACCUGGACUACCAUCAGUGCCAUUCACAACCCCCUCCAUCCAAAGACCCAGACGACCUGCCUCUGUUCACCUCCUUGACAGAAAAUGACAUAGGCUACCUGGGCAACCAUAUAACUUAUUCACCACCCUCCACAUCCAUCGACUUGGACGACCUGCCACUGGCCAACGUGUCGUCAGGGAGCCAGGACAGCGACUGGAGCGACUGCUCCAACCAGGCAGACACUGUGUUGAGCAGAUGUCCUCAGCAGCACUUUGUAGAACAGCCAAAGAUACUGCCAGACUGGACAACGCUGACUCUUAUAGAAAUACCUGGCUUCACAAACGUCUCCACAUCAAACAGAAAAAGGAAACGUGAUGUCCAGGAGAACGGAGAUAAGGCCUACAUUAAAAAGCCACCAAACGCCUUCAUGUUGUUCAGGAAGGAGCAGAGGCUGAAGGUGAUGGCUCAGUUCAAUAUCAGUGGCUGUGCUGAGGCCAAUAAAGUCCUGGGUCACAUGUGGAGGUCGCUCUCUGAGCAGGAGCAGGAAAAGUAUUACCGCCUAGCUGAUGCAGAAAAGGUUAUACACAGCCAGUUGUACCCAAACUGGUCCUGCACAGAAAACUAUGGCAGAAAGAGGAAGCAGAGGGCAGGUAUCAACAAAGAAAAUACACCAAUUUACAUCGCCAUUUUGUGUGAAAAGCUGUCAAGCUCAACAUUAUGUACACUUGUUAGGACUAUGACAACGUUCUUCCAUCACAUGUUCUGGCACACUGACAGGGGCAAGAACAAAGAAGCCACUUCCGCAUGGACAUGGACAUGGACAUGGACAUGGACACGGACACGGACACGGACACGGACACGGACACGCCAUUGCCAACUCCAUGCAGAGUGACGAGUGCUGUUGACCUCGCCCGGCAUGGUGUGAGUGUUGUUUCUCAACUUGACGGAACAGCCAAAGUCGCCCAGUUUGAUGAGGCCGGAAGACGUCAGAAAGAUGUUGGCUCCUGAUGAGACAGAACUACUGUGAGGAGGUGCAGGAUAGAAAAGGUGGUAAAGAGGACACUGACCUUUUAUGUCUCUGUGGACAAUGCCGUGUUCAUGGAGGACGUUGAUGGCGGUGGUGAUCUGUUUACUGUACAGCCUGAUGACGUGCUCCUGCAAGCCCAGUCUGGACACCUCCUCCAGCGUGCCCUCAUCACAGUACUCCAUGAAAAUGUACAUCUCCUCCUGAAUGGGGAGGGGGGGCACCACAGCAGGUUAAAGGAUGAAGGGAUGAGGAGAGACUGGUGUGUACGUCCUACCCUGUGGAGCUCCACUCCAAAGUAGCGCACCAGGUUUGGGUGCUUAAUGCCUUCAAAGAUUUUCAGCUCAUCUGCCGUCUCUUUUAUGGUUUUGUGGUCAUUUGGCUGAAAUCUAAUCUGAUGACAGAAAGAAAAUGUUUUUACAUACAUUUGUAAAAACAAAACAAACAAAAACGCUUAAUCCUGCCCGCCACGUCAUUCUAUUUUAGAAAUUCAGAAACUCAUUUAAUUGAGGCGAUCCACCACUAAUUAAGACACAGAUCCACAUGACACGACCUAUCAAGAAGUACUCAUGUUUAUGUCACAGUUAGAAUGCAGCCCUAUGGGAAACACUGUAUAAGGGCCAAUACUAUAGAAACUUAGAUACUUUAUAGAGUACUCAGUGUACAGCUUGUAUAGCAGUAUAGAUGUACUGAUUCAACAUGUAGCCAUUAUUGUCUAAAAGGAUGUUCCUGCAGAGCUACAGACCUCUUUCAUGGCCAUCAGCUCUCCAGUGUCCACGUUGAUGCACGUGUACACUUUCCCGUACUGACCCUCACCUGUUGACAAAUACAACAUGUCAAAACAUGAUCAUUUUAAUCAUAAUUGAAAUCAUUUUUUAAAAGUCUGUCCUUACCGAUUUUGUUACCCCUCUGCCACUUGAAGGUGACUUUCCUGAGGCCGACGUGCAUGACGUUGUCAUAGGACUUGGGCGUGUGGCAGACCUGGCCAAUGAUGUUGCGUUGCUUCAUCACGGCGUAGCGCUUGUCUUCAAAUUUGCGGAUGGAACGACGGACCGCCUCCAGCGGGCUUUGCCGAGCUCCUGAGUCUGAUGCGGCGGGUCAUUAGCGGUACGGGGGCUACCUGACGUCAUUGGGGGCGCUGCCGGGUGCUUUCAUGUUGCCAUGUUCCCCCUGGCCCUGCGGGAUGGGCCGAGGGCCGUUGGGGAAUAGCUGAUUCCGGAGGUCGCAGGGAAGACUUCGAGAGCUGCGUGGCAAAGUUGUAUCCCUGGAUCAUCGCCUCUCUAUAGUACUGCUGCAGGGUGGCCGACUCGGACUCCUCUACCUCAGCCUCAAACUCGGAUGUGAACAUGUACUCCACCCGAUCAAUGGCCGAGCUGAUCUUAAUGCAAAGCUGCAGGGCUUCAUCCUGCGUUGGGCGACAUCAGCAGCAAAGGUACCAGAGUGUGAGAGCAUGCACAAGACAAGUGGAGAGAAGAAACUAGAUGUUUGGUUUGCCUUAACUGGUCCAAUACAUUCAACACACUUAAUUAUUUGAAAUUUUGAAUAUCAAAGGUUUAGCUUCUUUUUACACUUGUAUGAUGUUAAAACAUAUUUCUUAGCUUAGCUACUGUACAUCCACAAAGACGUCUGUAAUAUGAUACUCCUGUGGGUAAGCAUUAUUCUGCUCAGUACUGUGAUGGCAACAGAAGGUCCUUCAGAAUGAGGUACAGUAAACCUCGGAUAUAUCGGAUUCAAUUGUUCCCACUGGUUUUGUCCGAUAUAAGCGAAAUCCGUUAUAUGGGGAUACCGGAAAAUGUCCGUUUUACACAUAUAUCGGAUUUAUAUCCGGUAUAUGCGUAAAUGGGAUUUUAUCCGU